UAUAUCGCCUGCUAACCCCAACUGGGCGUGUCAUUGAUACUAGAAAAAAAUACGCAUUUGUUUUUUAUAUUUAUGUUGUUUUCUUUUUAAUUAAUGUUGUGACUCGGCUCUGUAGAGGAGGGAGCUCCGGUGUUCAGUUCAGCUCAUGGAUAAAGAGAAGUCCAGCGAUAAUCAUGCACAGUGCUCAUGGAUGGAGAUGCACCAGUACAUCAGUGAGCUUCUCGCAUCUGGAAACCAAUCCAAAAACGCGCCAGACGUGAGAAACGCAGCAUGGGGGACGGCUGCUGCUGCUGCUAGUGUUCCUUUGGGGGUCAAAGCCUCCUCCAUGCAGCCCCUCCAGGCUCUUCAACAAGUCCAGGAGAGGAGAGAGGCAGCCCCGGGCAGAGCGAUCAAUGCUGGCUCAUCUAACAGGAGAGCAGAGGCCAGAGAUGGAGCAGAAGGUCUGGAUGAGCAUCAUGCCUGCACCUGCCCAGGCUGUCCUUUCUUUAGCUCCUCUUCCUCAUUUGAAACCUUACUACCCAGACAGUCCUUUUCCUCAUCUCUUUAUUCUCAUGCUUCAUGCCAGCCUAAAGACUUGAGCGUGAACUUGUGCUCGCCUGACACAACCGGCCCCGGGUCAGAUUCCAGGCCGGCCAAUCGACCACAGAGUCAUGAUGCAGACAGAGGGACCCAGAGCCAAACCCCAAAUCCCGACGCCCCUCCAUCAAGACAGUCAGCGGGCACUCUGGCCCAUCUCUCCAUGUUUCCCUGCUUGUGUUGCCACCGUAGAUUACCAACCUGCACCCACCUUGUGAGCAACCAGGAAAGUUCCAACUCUCCCUUUUCACACACCCACGCCCACCAUCAUUUCCACCACCAUCACUGCCCCAUGACGUCAUGCGUUCCCUGUCCUCAGCUUGCCCACCCUGCACAGCUAUCCGCUCCCUUUCCGUGCCUGUCCUGCCGAUGCUCUCUUCCCACCUGUCACCAGCAGCCCAGACAAACGGAGCAACAGCAGCUGGAGGAGGAGAGAAGGCGGCCCCUCCUGUCGCUUCAUCCUUGUAUGCACUGCACAGCCUCUUUUCCAAGACCGUCUCAGCUGCUGCAGCAUCAGCGCUCCGAGCACGCCCACAAACCCUCCGGUUUCCUCUGCACAGAGUGCGGCCGGGCCUUCAACUCCCACAGCAACCUCCGCAUACACCUGAAUGUGCACACAGGUGCACGGCCUUACUCCUGCACCGACUGCGGGAAGCGUUUCAGCCAGUCGGGAGCGCUAAAGAUCCACAAGAGGAUUCACACAGGCGAAAGGCCGUAUUCGUGCGACUUCUGCGGCAGGGGGUUUCCCCAUCUGGCGGGGGUCCGGGCCCACCUACGGACCCACACGGGGGAAAAGCCCUACAGCUGCAGCCUGUGUGGGAAGUGUUUUACCCAGUCAGGAGCUCUUAAGAUCCACACCCGUAUCCACACAGGAGAGAGGCCCUUCAUCUGCAGCGUCUGUGGGAGGGGCUUUUCAAAUCGCUCCGGGAUCCGCUUCCACUAUCGCACGGUCCAUGGGCUGUCCCCAGAACACGAUGGGGAGGCAAGAACAAAAACAUCAGGAUUCUCUCCUGGGCGUCCAAGAUCCCUUCCUCCAACUAGCAUCGGACACGCCGCGCAGAGCAACCUGGACAGGCCCUCUGCUCCGGACCCCUCAGAGCUGAUCCCAACCAACCGCAGCGAGAGCAGGUCACAGGAGGAAGGAGCCAGCAGUCAUAGAGAGGGGCUGCUCUAUGCCUGCGAGGAUUGCGGCCUCCGUUUUAAAGACGCCCCGUCCCGGAAUAGACACCAGACCCUGGUGCACUACUCGCACGAGCGUCAGGCGGAGGAGAAUCAGAGACAGGGUGAAGACUUCAGCACAAGAGAAAAUGUUCCGCAUCCAAGCGAAUGAAACAUAUUCAUGUUUUUUUUCCCCUUCAAAGUUCACAUUUUAUUGGUUUUGUAUGCAGUGGGCCAACACAAAGGGAAGGUUAAAGGUUAGAUGAUUUCCCACUUUCUCUGAGUCUACUGCAUACAAACCCAUGUGAAACCUGUGGGAGCAACAACUCUGCAAGAAGGUCGGGAGGUUUGAAUACUUAAACCUGAUACUGCAUCAACAGGAGGAAGGAGCACAAAAACAAAGAAAACAUUGUUGCAGUGCAGUUUGUCAGGUGGAGAACCUGUUGAACAGCUUCCAUAAAGCAAACUGAAAUGAGCCCUAACCCAUAUUUAAUUAAUGGAGCUUUAACCAAACACGGUCCUGACCGAGCAGCGAUCAUGUUUACGGUGUGGCAGCGCUGCAGGUUUAGGUCCAGCUUUACUACAAGUUGAAAAUGCUCCACAUUGUAUUUUUGAUACAUUUCUUUUUUUAUUGUGCCUUAUUCUGCAGUGAAAAAGGCAUCGUCGGAAAACUUAUAAAAGUCACAGUGUAAAGAUUAAUUGAAGAAACGAUUAACCGUUUUUCCCCCCCCAACCGUUAAUCUUAGCAUAAAGUUUCCUAUAAUAAAAACAAAGUGCUAUUUCCUGAUUGCUUUAGAAAAAAUACAGAUUUUGUUAUACAGUAGUGAAAGCAAACAGUGCAGUCACAGAAUCCAAUGGACUUUGCAUACAGUUUUAAUAAGAAUACAAGCUCUGUUAAUUUAAUUUUGCACUUCUUCCUACAUCUAGCAGAGUUUUGAGAAAAAUCCCUGAUAUCAAAUGUGUUAUAAAAUAUAAGGUUCAUGAUACUUUUCUUCUCCUUUAUUCUUGUGCCUCUGCUGUACUAUAACUCCCAAGUCCUUUUUAAACAGGUUAUUUCUCCACAUAAAGAUACACAAUACAGUAUAUUAUUAGAGGUCUGAAGCUCUCUGGUGCCACCUAGUGGUCAUAUUUAGUCACAGCUUCAAACCUGUCUAACAUUUACAGUGUUUCUUUUACAGCAAGUUCUGUUUUGCAAUAAUCUUU